CCCCUUUUAAUUGAAAUAUUAAUAAAAUACUACUACUAAUAGAAAUUAAUAAAUAACACCAGAGCUUCCCAAACCUUGGAAGAGUCCAAGGACAGGCUGGAUGGAGCAGCCUGGUCCUGCUGGACGUGUCCCUGCCCAUGGGAUGAUCCUGGAGGUCCUUUCCAACCCAAACCAUCCCACAAGGGAUUUGCAGGCAGUCAGGUGCGGGUGACUGAGCCCCAAACAUCCCAAACACCCCUUGUCCCCUCCUCACAUGCACAUCCAAUGACUGGGGACAAACAUUCCCAUUUUCCUGACAUUUUCCAUAUUUGUUCCAAACCCUGUUCCGACGAAACGACGCCGGGGUUCGGUUCCGGCUCCUGCUCUGAUUCAGCACCAGCUGCUGCUGAGUCAGUCCUGGAAAAUCUCUGUCCAGCAGAUACGAGGCCGCAUUUUUUGGCUCCCUCGCAAGGUUGUGGGGAGGACAAAUUCAUCCAAAUUCACCGGAGGCCUUUGAUUAUCUCCAGGCUAAAACCAUGACGAGGCAGAACGAGGGUGGUGAUCUCCGGUAAUGAGGCAAAAUGCAAAUUCCAGGUGACACAUAUGGCUAAAAAAUAUGGCUUUGGCUGGAUGAACAGGGGAGCUGGAAUGGUCCACGGCUGUCUCACUUCCAGCAGGAAGGAUGGCCACGGGUAUAAAAAGGCUCCGGGCCCAGCUCGCUUCAUUCGCUCCUCUCCUCCUCCCUCCACCUCUCCUCGCUCUUCAGCAGGUUCUGCUCCACUCCCAUCUCCAAGAUGCCCAACGGAUGCUGCGGCGGCAGUAGCGGCAACAACUGCUGCACCGUGUGCUGCUACAGCAGCCCCAAGUGCUGCAAGAGGCCCAUGUGCUGCAGCCCCAUGCAGUGCUGCAGCCCCUGCUGCAGCCCCUGCUGCAUGCCCAUGCAGUCCUGCUGCAUGCCCAUGACCUGCUGCUACACCAUGAGCAGCAACAACAACAACAGCGGCUGCUGCGGCUGCGGCGGCGGCAACAACGGCGGCUGCUGCGGCAACUGAGGCGCUCCCGGCUCGGACACGGACGUGGACGUGGAUUUGGACACGGAUUCCGCCCCCAACGCUCUCCCUGCUGCGUUUGGACUCUUUGAGUUUCUCUUCUUCGCUGCUUUUAGUCCCCAGGUGCUCCUGAAGCCGCGUCCCCGCGAGUUUCUGGUGCCGCUCUUCCUUCCCGUCUUGGUGCGUGGUGCUGCCCGUGGCUCCUUCUCCUUUCUCUUCCUUUAAUCCCCAAUUAGCCACGAAAGGCAAUAAAAUGUGUGAGUUGUGAUCCUGCAAACUCCCGGGUUAUGUUUAUUCAUUUGUGUUUAUCCCUUUAAACAGCAGCCCCGGUGUGGGAAGUGUUGAGCGUUUGGUUAAUUGAUUAAUGGAAUUGAUUUUGCACGUCUGUCAUUCUGUGAUGACAACGCCCCGGUGUGCCUGGUGGUGCUCA